ACUCCAUUGUUCUUCGCAGCGAAAACGCGAAAACAGCAAGUUACGAAAGGCUGCUGGCUUGUGGUGAAUGUUUCGCGCAGUUGUGUUUUACGAAAGCAGUCGUCGCAUCGUCCCAGUUUGGUGGUACCAGUUGCCAGCGCGUUCAAAAUACCUUUUCUCCCUCUUUGAAGCCUGCAUCAGCUAGCGCCCAUCGAAUGCAACUCGUCGCCGACGCCGUUCAUGCCUACAUCGUUGACCGAGCGCACGCGUUUCCUAUGCACAAUGGGCAAUCCGGACGAGGAAAAGCUGCCAUCGGCCCCGUCGCCCAGCAGCGGUGACCUUCCGGACGGGCUGGUGCUGGUGAGCAGCGGUAGCGAGGCACAGGACGCCGAGGACGAGGACCACGAGGAGGGCGAGAUACAGGACGAAGAUGAGGACGAGCAGGAGCAGCAGCAGGAGCUGGAAGACAUCAGCUCGGAGGAGGAAUCGACCAUCCGCGAGCGAAUGGCGGCACUGGAAGCGAUGGACAAGAAGCUUGGCAUGAUGAAGAAGAAAAUCGCCAACCGCAGCAUAUACGAAGGCUACCUGGACGAGGAGGACGUAAUGAAUGGGAAGGAAAACUAUUGCUAUUACUACCCGCAACAUCAGCAGUCUUCGUACCGCACCCAAAAAACGUACAAAUCGAGCGCACCGGUCGGGCGGGAGGACAGUCGGCACGGUACGAGCAAGCGGGAGAAGCGUACCUCCGGCACGAAGCGGCACGCGGAGAAGCCACCCAAAGAGAAGCCCGUGAAACGGUCCUCCCAUCGGCACCGCAAGCGCCGCAAGUAUGCGUCCCGCUCGACCUCGCCCGCCCAGCGCCGCCCGGUGUCGACGGACUCGGAACCGGAGACGACGGCGGUCGAUCGCGAGUACCUGAAGAUUGCGUGCGGCAUCGGCAACAGCAAGAGCGGGCGGCUGCCGGGCGGCAGAAAUCCGCUGAAAAAGAAGCUGCUGCUUCAGGCGGCUCAAAAGCGAAAAAGUGCGACGGCAGGUAAGCGAACGCCGGUCGCGAUUGUAUCGCUGGACAGUUCCUCGAGCGAGCACGACAUGGAGCUGGAGGAUGACGAGGGCGACGGGGAGGAAGAGGAGGAGGAGGAGGAAGAGUUGAAGCUGCGACUGCUGGCGCUGAGCACGAAACCGGUCGUACGGGAGGCAGGGCUGAGCGACAUCAUCUCCGAGCUGCAGAUACCGUCGCCACCGCCGCCGCCCGCUAUACAGCUACAGACCGAGCCGGCGGCGGACGACCAGUCCGCGGAGGAGCUACGGUUGAUUGCGCUCAAGACGGCGAUACUGAAGAAGCACGCGACGCGAUGCAAACGCCGCGAGCUGGACAACGAACAGCCGUACUCGCCGAGCGAUGACAUUGUGCUGUCGCCCGUCCGGGAGAUGCCACCCCCGUACGACCCCAGCGGGGUGUACAGCGAUGGGCGGGAUUCGGUCGAGCUGCUCGAUGACGACACGGACGACGUGCAGAUCGUGGAGCCGCAGUACGAGCACAUCGAUCUGGUCGAUUCGGACGACAAUGGGAACGACAUGGAGAUUAGCCCGCUGGCCAGCCCGCUGGGCGGCACCGACCGGGCGGAACAGGAUAUGGAGGAAGAUUCGCAGCAACCGAUCGACAUGGAGCUGGCAAGCAGUAGCGAAAACAGCAGAAGCGGUAGACCGUCCCCGAUUGGGGACGGUCGUCGCAGCGGGAUGGAUCAGAAGCUGCUGCUGCUGCACACGGCGGCGGCUGAUUCGUGCGAUUCGGCACUGUUCCACCGGAGGGGCGAUUUGGUGCCGGAAAGCCCACCCGUUACGCCCGAUUCGAUGGAGGAAGCGGAAGCGGAAGCGUUGCGACACUUGCUACUCACAAAGAUGCGGCAAAAGCAGAGCAAAAAGCAGGAGCAGGAAGUCGUGGUACGGGACGAAAUGGCGGUGCCAACCGUCCGGGACGAUGCGCAGGAAACAGUUCCUACGGAAGCUUCAUCUCCCGAAGUUCCUCUCCAACGAGAACCAGAAGUAGAGGAAGAGGAAGAAGAAGAAGAGAUUCAUUCCGCACCUAAGACCCAGCAAGACCCAGGACGCCCCAAUUUAAUCACGCUCGUCGAUCAAAAACAACCCGUACGAAAGCGUAGGAAAAAAUCACUCGCCACUGCCAGCGCCACGGAUGUGCCGGCUGCUCCGGUGACUCCAGUAAGCCCAUCACCCACACUAUCCGAACUCCCACCCAAACCGGCUAAAGCAGCACCCGCGCUGGUGCAAACGCAAAAGCUGGUCAACAAUCCGAACAAACUGAUCAACCUGAACCGUUCGGCUGCACCUUCGCCUCCGAUGCUGCCCGCCACGGCGCCACUGCGAACCGAAUCGCCCAAAGAGCUGACGACGGUCGAUAUGUUCGUGUCACGGCCCGUCCCCAAGCUCGUCAUCCAGCUGGGCCAUUCCGAUUCCGACUCGGACGUUGAUUUCGGCGGGGUGACUCCGGAGAGCGGUGGUGCUGUCAAUGGAACCGCAAUGCCACCAACGGCACGGUUCGAGGAACAGUUGGAUAAGUUUUUGAAAAGUGUACGCAGCAAAAGCACAACUGCAGGGACCAACGAGGCGGGCGAGGAGGAAUUGCCACAUUCUGAGCGGGCGGGUGCGAACAGUGGGAAGAGUAUACAUUCCAUCCGGCAGCAGCAGGCGUCGAAGCAGGCAGCAAAGAAGCAACCAACGAGCAGCAGUACCAUGGCAACGCCGACGGCUGUGAAACAUCUUUCGAAAUCGGCUCAGCUGGAGUACAUGAAGCUGGUCGCCCGUAUGGCACAGCUGGAACGGGACAAGCUUGCACGGCAACAAACGCAAGCGACAGUACGCCGUACCUCGGACAACGGUAGCAGCACCAGCAAUGCCGUGCCGCGAGACAACUCAGUUCCUAAGGUAGUAGUAGUAGCAGCUAGUGAAGAACCGGUUAGUAGUAAGUCUGCUGCAGAGCAGCGGACGGAACCAAAGUCAGGGAAAAGUCCGGGCCGGCGAAAACAAUCGCACAGCGGCAGCACGCCCACAAAGGUUGCGGACACUCAGGAACCGGUGCUGGAUCCGAUCGAAAGGAAACUGCAGCAAAUACGGGCCAGCCUGCCGAACCUUACGGAAGCGUCACGGAAUCGAUUGCUUCUCACCGCCGAGACGCAACUCGAGAAUCACAGCGACAGCUUUCUGAGUGACCUAGAGCAGCACAACGCCACGAUCAUCGAGGCCCAGCAGGCCCGCCGGGAGCUGUACCAUCUCGAGAGCCGGAUCGAUCUGCUGCGGGAAAAGCUGGCGCUGCUCGAGAGGGUGCACGAGCGGCAACGGGUCCGGACGCGCGACACGCUCGCCAACCUGCACACGACGCGCAAGAAGAUCCUGUCCGGGCGGAAGCGCUCCGGCGAGCUGGAGCGCAUGUGCAUCCAGAUCGGGCGAGCCGUCAAGGGGGAAUCGUAUCAGAUGCCAGUGGGCGCGAAUGGUUGCGAGGUGCAGCAGCAGAUGCGCAUCUUGAUCGCGGAAAUGCAGCAGCUGAAAAGCAUCCGCAAGCCGACGCUGGAGGAAUUUAAGGAAGAAAUGAUCGCCAACCACAAGCGGCGGUUGGCGAACGCGACCGAAAUGAACGCGUAUGACAAUGAGCAGAGCGAAGAACGGCAGCAGGUGGUGCCCGAGGAGGAGCAGGAAGAGGAGGAGGAGGAUGAUGAGGAGGAGACGGAGGAGCAACAGGAAGAGGAGGUACAAUCAACACCGGUGGAUGCAGAGCAGAAAUGUGCUUCCGAAAUGAGUGAGCAAAAGGAGGAGCUGUGUGAAGUGGAUCCGCAAACCGUUCCUAACGAGGAAGAUGCAGAAGGUGUACAAGAACCUUCGGAACAGCUCGAGCAGCUUGAUAUGCAAUCGAUAGAGGCUGCCAAGGAGGCUGACAGGAGCGACAGUAAACCUUUAGAGCAAUUGUCUGUACAACCCGUUGCACCGGCAGCGGAUGACAAGGACGACCACGUGACGGUGCUGGAGAACAGUGCUACCGUACAAGCAGAGCCUCAGAGUGAGGUGCAGAUGCGGCAGGAAGAAGAGACAGUGCCGUCGGUUCCAGUGCCGGACCAGUGCCAGAUGGACGAUACAGCGAACGAAACCGAAGAGCUCGUUGUUGGUGAAGCGUACCGAAUUGAAAAGUAUACGUCGCCGCUAAUGUCCUUAAAGCAAAGUGCACAGAACAUUCCCACCGACGGUAUCCUUUGCCCGUACGAGCUCGGCGGUCAGUGCGUUGAUCGGGACUGCAAGUACGAGCACUUUAAUCAGCGGGCGGCCUAGAAAACUCGAAUGUUGCAAUGGCGUUUUUUUACCUCCACCACCCCCCGCACUCAACCUCAUGUUGGAGGUGGCGGUUUGUGUAACGCUGUGUGUGCCAUCCAUUGUUUUUCGAUUGUCUGUGCUGAUUUUCCUCUUUUCUUUCCGCACGCAGCGUGUUUUCCGAAUAGUUCCGAGUAGCCACGAACCGGUUGGUUAAGGGUUGUCCUCCUCCUGCUGCUGGAUGUGCUUAACAUAUCCUUCGAAGAUGCGGGAAUGGUCUCCCCUUCCCUCUUGGCUGUGUGCUUUAACCGUGCGGUUAAAACAGUGCUUAAAACAAUCGAUUCUCUCCGUCCGUACGUCCCGUGCAUGCCCCCAUAUGCCCGUUUUCUGUUACGGAAGCGAAGCACCCAAACGUGUCGAAUUCCCUUCCGUCCCCCGUCGUCGAAUUGUAGAAAUAUCAGCAUCAACAACCAAGGACGAGCGUAGGAAAGCUUCACAACAGCAACAACUCGGGCCUGUGUGUGUGUGUAAGACAACGACGAGACUCGUGUCCAGUGGCUGCGUGUGUGUGUGCGGCCACGUGCGAGUCGCGUUUACCUGAAACUGGGUAAGUUUGCUAACCAGAUGUCCCUCCGAUAUUCUGUUUCCGUUUGUUCAGUCUUCCAUCACCAACCGCGGGUAGGGGACUGGCUGUAUCUGUGUGUUUGUGUGUGUGUGCGCGCGUUUAUGUGCAGAAACGGUUACCGUGCAAAGUGCGAAGAUAGAAUGGAAGAGAAGAGACUGUUCGAAGCGACGCGUUACUCUAUAUAUUUUAAGUGAGAGUGGAUCAGAGAGAGAAAGAGAGAGAAGCAAACGUAUCAGCAGCGCGCGCAGUUGUUGGCAAACAUCAUAUGACGCCCCCUUCACCCCUGGUCGGGUCGGGGGUGAAGCCACUGUCCUCUUCUCACCCUGGCCUAGAAGAAGAAGCGUGGAAAUAGUUUAAGAGUGGUGUUUAAUAAUCGUUUGGCAAGUUCAUCGUGUGACGCAUGCCAAAGCCAUCGCGGAAGAUUCUACCCCCGUUGUGCAGACGACAUCAUCGAACGAUAUUAACCGGUUUAGCAUCUUCACCCGGUGGUUGAGACCGUUUGGGUUGGAAUAUGGGGCGGGAAAGGUGAAGAUGAAGCAGACAUUGGUUUAAGUGCUUAGCUAGAAGAAAGAAAAAAAGUACAAAACUUCCCUUUUCUACCCCACACUCCUACUCUCUUAUACUGGUAAUCACAGGUAGAGACAAGAUCGAACAAAAUUAGUUACCCCGACGAGGAUGAGGGUUUUUUGAACUCCCGCUCCCCAUAACUCCAUAAUCAUAGAGGGAAGUGAGGGAAGUAAGUUUAAAGCUCUGGGAACUAAUUAUGAAUGGAACUUGUUUUAAACCUCUCUCUCCUUUUUCUUUCGUUUUCGCUGUUGAAAUGCUGCUUGCUUGUUUAUUAUUAUAAACGUGUUAAGUUUUCAAUACAUAUUUUGAAUUCAAAACACUCUUCAGAAGACAGUACUUAGUGCACGCUAGGGGCGUGCGAUUUGAAUGUGUGUUUGUAGAUAAAUAAUUGGCAGUGUGCGAUUUUCCUUCGUUGUUGUUACUAAUGGCGAACAAAUAUGUUUCCAUUCACUUGUUUGUUUUGUGCAAACCCAACGACUAGGAUUACGAGUACACUAAAUACUUCUACACUACAAGAAGGUGCGCUCUGCUGUGCAACGAUGGGUGUGUAGUGUACAGAGUACUUUUUUCGGGGUUAAGUUUUCGUUAAGUUGUGGUUCUUUGCUUUACUUCUCACAACCAUCACACUAUGUUGAAUUAGUUUACGCCCGCACUUACGGUGAAAUUGUGCGCCUCUUUUGUAUAUAAUUGAUUCUUAUUAUUAAACCAUCCUCUUGUUUUCACCCACCGUUCGUUAGAGUGCAUUCGAGCACUACAGAGAGAGAGAACAGAGUUAAGUUGCCAUCCGUUUUCAUUUUACACGUUUGUAUGUUGUGUUUAUGCGUUCACUAGCUGUUACUCUUUCGGGGGAUUUUUUGUUUCUCUUUCUUUUAUUGUACUCUAUUAGAGCUCAAAUUUUUAGUUUCAUUUGCAUCUCAUGUACGAUAGUAAAAAAAAAACCAAGUGAUACACUGUGCAGACACAGCACGCGAACAAAACCAGAAAACGAACGAAUUCAUUGCGGUAGGAGGAAAUGUAUUUUUUAAGACUGAAAGAAGAAAAAAUAAAUGAUGUAUUGAAACAGUGAAAAAUAA